AUGGUGGCGCUAAGUCUGACCGGUAAGGCUAUUGCCCAGGGAUACCGUGAGGGCUUUUGUGGCUUUCUAGAAGCCAAUUUCCUGGGCCAGUACUAUGGCUACAGCACCCGUGUUGAUACAAAUUGGUUUGAUGUGGCCCUUAAAUCCCAGGAAACGACUGGAAUGGCAUUCGAUUGGGGUAUACGAAGCCUUGGUGCUCUACAUAUUGGCCGCUCACAAGGCAAUGAUCAAUUGGGCCUCGUUAGCCGAGAGAUAUACGGCCGGGCUUUAAGCCAGCUAAUACGAACCCUGAGACGCCAGACUAUGGCUGUCACAGACGAUACCCUUGGUGCCGCCAUUCUCCUAGGGGCAUUUGAGAUGAUUUGCUCGACAGGGCAUAAUUCGUGGAUGCUCCAUUCCCGUGGCAUUUCGUAUCUUUUUCAAGCACGAGGAGCCAGGGCCCAUGUUCAAGGGCUUGGCCGGACCCUUCUCGUAUCCUUUCGAGGCUUUCUCGUGUAUGAUGCGCUAAUCCGCCGUGAGCGGUGUUUCCUAGAAGACAAGGAGUGGGGGUCGAUAAUCCCGGACAUGAUUAACGAGGACAGGCGACGCGGCAAAGCUAGUCGGCUAGGCGAGUUGAUUGAAUACGCAUUUCAUGAAGUAGCUCGCUGUCCAGGCUUUCUUGCGACAACGCAUGCUCAAGUCGCAUCUGCACAUAUAGUUGAUACCGAAAGAGAAUCCCUCAUAACCUCAAUUUCUGAUUGCCAAAGGGCACUCCUCGAGUAUCAUUCCGAGGGAAUCGCCGCUAUGAAUUCUCGUCAGCAACCUUAUAGUACAGAGGACCGGGAUUUCUUUGGACCAAUUCCCAGUCAGGUCCAUAUUACACUUGGAGGCUUCUCCUUGCAAGGAAUGGGUUCAGCCAUUGCUUUACUCCAGCAAUUACUUGUGACCUUGAGCUCCGACAGUUUACGCAGAGAGACUUUGCGAAUUUGUCCAGGCAUUCAGUACCAUCAAACCCAAAGCGAGGAUGUCAGAUCUCCGUUUAUGAUGAAAUCGUUCAAAUUAUCGAGCUGCUCUGGCAAGCCUUCACUCUCCGAGGAACAUGAGGCAACACAUACGUGGUUUGAUCGAGUCUCAAUGAUGAUGGGAAUGGUAAUGGAUGCAUAA